UGGCGGCGCGUUUACACUAAGAGGAAGUGCAGCUGCUGAACAGCUUCUGCUGCAACAGGAGAAAAUCUAUUGCAUAGCGAACUGUGGUUGGUCACAUAACCUAGCAAAUAUAUAUUCAGCGAAGUAAAUAGUUUCGUCGGAACUAACAUAUCGAGGGGCAAUUUUUUUUGUUUACAACUCCGUAUAUUCAGAUAAUUUGAGAACCUCUGGGGUUGUGAGGAUUUUGUGAACUAUAUACCUGACGGCCGUGAACAGUUUGAAGCCUUUUCCUGCAACUUAAAUGCGGAUGCGUUGCGCUAACAGCUGAGUCGGGGACUUCAAGAUGAGAAGCAAGAACACCACGAGUUGCUUUCCUUUCUAAUGAACUUACUGAAAGCUGGAUUUGUGUUAGUGUGUGGAGUCUUAUCAACGGAGGUUUUGAUCUUGAAACAGGCUAACAGUGUCGACAGGAAUAUUUAGUUCAGCUAACUGUCUAGUGAGCUAAGUGGCGGUUAUCGGUUUUUUGGAUAGCCAGCUAAGUGAGUUAGCCAUGAAAAUGAAGUUCCGCAAGAGUUAGCUUUGUGGUUUGUUCACCAAAGCCAACCGCAUUUCUUUCUUUCUUUCUUUCUUUCUUUCUUUCUUUCUUUCUUCCUUCAACCGUUGUAGGUCCGUUUUACAUGUACAGACACCAAACAGUUUGGAAGUAAACGGUAGCACUUAAAAGUUUUUAGUCGCAUUAUUAGUUCGUGAGAGUCGCAAAGCAAGCUAACAUCGAGCUAACUUCCUUUUGAGCGCCCCCUCACCCGUCGCCAGGUAGUCACCCGUACAGCAAUACUAUAAAACCAUGUAAUUAGUUUCCCGCUGCGCAGCACUCAGGCAAAAAUACUUUUCUUAAUACUGUUUGCUGCUGAUUAUGUGGUUGAUUUGCACAAGGGUGAGAAUGUUAGGGAUGUAAACUUGGAUCUACGAUUUGACACAUCAUAUAUGAAACCAUUUGCGCGACAGCCUGUAAGAUUAAGUCUAAGCUGUAUUAUAAAUAUAGAGAUAUUUCGCAGAACGGGAAAAACUCAGUUGUUAGAUGUGACGGCACCUUUCUCUGUUGUCAAGGGAAAAAUGGAGGCGCGACAGCUGUCUGAUAGUGUAAAUUGAGCUAUCUAGUGCUGUAUUUCAUAAAAUAUAAUUAAAAGCCUCAGCAAGUGAUGGAUAACUAGAUAAACAGCCAACCCACGCGCGUGUUUGGCUAGCUUUCGGAGCCGGAUAUAGUGAGCUAGCGUGGUAACCAGCUAGUCGAAACACAUUAUUUUAUCUUGUCAACAAGGUCUGGUCGGUAAACCCGUAGAAAUCGACCAUUCGGUUCAUCUUCGCCAGAGAGGUGCAGUGGGAGAAAGAGAAGCGUGUUUAAUAAGCAUAAGCGAGUCGUUCAGUUGGUAACAUCUCUGUUUAGAUUGACUUGAAAUGUAGGCAAAACAACGUCAGCUAGCUCACAGUCGUCGCCCAUUUUCAUAUUUUUGUGACUCCUUGUAAGUGAGCUGGUCUGUUCUUUACCAGUUGAACUGUAGACACGGGAUUUAUAUAUACAGGUACGGGUCUUGUAGUUGUUAUUUUAAAGUGUGCAUUAUUUUUACACAGCCUCUGUUUAGAUUAGUUUAAAGUGAGCCGCACGUAAUAGAGCACCGCGCAGUUUGCAACUUGCUUACCCGGGCUAGCUGGAUUAGCCAGCUAGCAGUAUUUUGAUGUGUGAAUUUGCCCACUUGGCUCGAUUUUGAGAGCCUUAACCAGCAGGUGGGUUCUUGCAAUACGCUCACUGCAAGGGGUGGGGGGGCCGAAAGGGAAAAAUUGAAUAAAAAAUAUUACUGUAAUAUCUAGGAUUGGAUUGGCUGCACUUGCUUUCACGCUGCAGUUUUUACAAUUAGAAAGCCCACCGCAAAUCAACACUGCUGCUCGCAGUAGAGACUCGCUUUCCCCACUUCGCAUGAAUCUUGUUCUCUAUGUUACAAUGAAUGUAUUUUGAAGAUCGGCAAAUCAAGACUAAAGAAAACGGACGGGCUUGAUCUAUGCUCGCCCAGGACUCCCGCACUGCCACCGUGUUGUUGGUUUUGUGUUGAUUAAAUAAGCCCACUGUCUUUCGCGAUUGCUUUGUCCCCGCAACAUUCCCGCGACUGUUUCUACAUCGAUUCGAUUGAGCCACGGUUGAAGAUGGCGGACCUAGAGGCAGUUCUCGCCGAUGUCAGCUAUUUGAUGGCGAUGGAGAAGAGCAAAUCAACUCCAGCGGCCCGAGCAAGCAAGAAAAUCAUUCUCCCUGAACACAGUAUUCGGAGUGUGAUGCAGAAGUACUUGGAAGAGAGAGAUGAGCUCACUUUUGACAAAAUCUUCAACCAGAAAAUUGGGUUCCUGUUAUUCAAGGAUUUCUGUAUGAAUGAAAUAGACGAGGCCGUUCCCCAGCUGAAGUUCUAUGAAGAGAUUAAAGAAUAUGAGAAGUUGGACUCUGAGGAGGAGAGACUAAGUCGCAGUCGGCAGAUAUAUGAUGGCUACAUAAUGAAGGAGCUCCUGUCAUGUUCACAUCCCUUCUCUAAGAAAGCAGUAGACCAUGUCCAGUCUCACCUGGCUAAGAAACAGGUACCCCCAUCCCUCUUUCAGCCAUACAUUGUUGAAAUCUGUGAUAGCCUGCGAGGAAACAUCUUUCAGAAGUUCAUAGAAAGCGACAAGUUUACUCGUUUCUGCCAGUGGAAGAAUGUAGAGCUAAAUAUCCAUUUAACAAUGAACGAUUUUAGUGUUCAUCGGAUCAUUGGUAGAGGUGGGUUUGGUGAAGUGUAUGGCUGCAGGAAGGCAGACACAGGAAAAAUGUAUGCUAUGAAGUGUUUGGAUAAGAAGCGGAUUAAGAUGAAGCAGGGUGAGACCCUGGCACUCAAUGAGCGAAUCAUGCUGUCUUUGGUCAGCACAGGGGACUGUCCAUUUAUCGUGUGUAUGACGUAUGCUUUCCAUACCCCUGAUAAGCUAUGUUUCAUCCUGGACUUGAUGAAUGGUGGGGAUCUCCACUAUCAUCUCUCUCAACAUGGAGUAUUUAGUGAGAAGGAAAUGCGCUUCUAUGCAGCAGAAAUUAUCCUGGGUUUGGAGCACAUGCACAAUCGUUUUGUUGUUUACCGAGAUCUUAAGCCUGCCAAUAUCCUCUUAGAUGAACAUGGCCAUGUCCGCAUCUCUGACUUGGGCUUGGCUUGCGAUUUCUCUAAGAAGAAACCCCAUGCCAGUGUGGGCACCCAUGGCUAUAUGGCUCCAGAGGUUCUGCAAAAAGGGACAGCAUAUGAUAGCAGCGCUGACUGGUUUUCACUGGGCUGCAUGCUGUUUAAACUUUUGCGAGGGCACAGUCCAUUCCGGCAACACAAGACCAAAGAUAAACAUGAGAUUGACCGUAUGACACUUACUAUGAAUGUAGAGUUGCCAGACUCCUUUUCGCCUGAACUCAAGUCUCUGUUGGAAGGAUUGCUACAAAGAGAUGUGGCGAAGAGGUUGGGCUGCCAGGGUCAGGGGGCUUCAGAAGUGAAGGAUCAUCUGUUCUUCAAAGGAAUCGACUGGCAGCAGGUCUAUCUCCAGAAGUAUUCUCCACCACUGAUUCCUCCUCGUGGAGAAGUGAAUGCUGCUGACGCCUUUGACAUUGGCUCUUUUGAUGAGGAGGACACCAAAGGCAUAAAGCUGCUGGACAGUGAUCAGGAGCUCUAUAAAAACUUUCCCCUGGUGAUCUCAGAGCGCUGGCAGCAGGAGGUGGCCGAGACGGUGUAUGAGGCAGUCAACAGUGACACGGAUAAGAACGAGGCACGCAAGCGUGCCAAAAACAAGCAGCAAGGCCACGAGGAGGACUAUGCACUGGGAAAGGACUGCAUCAUGCAUGGCUACAUGCUGAAGCUUGGAAACCCAUUCUUGACUCAAUGGCAGCGCCGAUACUUCUACUUGUUUCCUAAUCGUGUAGAAUGGAGAGGAGAGGGCGAAUCUAGGCAAAACCUGUUAACAAUGGAGCAGAUAGUGACUGUUGAGGAGACACAGAUCAAGGACAAGAAAUGCAUCCUGCUGAGGAUCAAAGGAGGCAAACAGUUUGUCCUGCAGUGUGAGAGUGACCCGGAGUUUGUACAAUGGAAGAAGGAGCUGAAUGAAGCGUUCACAGAGGCCCAGAAGCUGCUGCGUCGUGCUCCCAAAGUAAUUGGCAAGGGCCGUGCCGGUGUGCUGGAACUGUCCAAACCACCGCUCACACACCGCAACAGCAACGGCCUGUGAGCCACUGUUGUUUUUUGCCCCAACCCUUCCUCAUAACCGUGCAUCCUUUUACACUUGCGGACAUUGCACCACCUGUUUCAGCUUACCCUCCAUCUUUGCCACAACCAAUAAAGCAUCUAAAUGUUUAAAGACAGUCCUCCA